CUCCUUGUGCCUGUGAGGAGAUAAUGUCAGGGCGCAAGCAGCAACAGGACCUGGCGCUCAUUAAACAACUGGAGCUCAUUCUGGAUUCCUGCAAACUGGAGCUCUCUGCAGUGGAUGAAGUCUGGCCAAACCUCUACAUAGGAAACAUGGCUGUAGCACAGAAUAAAAAGACUUUAUCCAGGCUGGGCAUCACUCACGUCCUGAACGCAGCUCACUCCAAGCAGGGAAGCAUCGGGGACCAAUGUUUUUAUGACAAGGCUUGCGUUUACUGCGGCAUACCAGCAGAAGAUUCGGACCACUUUGACCUCAGCCAGUACUUCAAACCUGCAGCGGACUUCAUCCAUAAAGGCCUUCAGUUCGACAAAGGGAAAGUUCUGGUGCAUUGCAUUAUGGGUGUGAGCCGCUCAGCCACCCUGGCACUGGCCUACCUGAUGCUGCGUCAACGCCUCUCCCUCCAGGAUGCUCUCAGUCACAUUGUGCAAAAACGGGCCAUUUACCCCAAUCGGAACUUCCUGAUGCUCCUCCACAAGUUGAGUGAACAGUUGGCAUUCAAAAGGAGGCUGUGUCCCCUCCUCUGAAAUGACGCCUUUUUAUUUACUUCCUUUCUGCUACAACUUUUCAACAAAUAUCUUCUUCUCUGUACGGACAACACUUAAUAGUGUAGGAUGCAGCUGGCGUUUCAAUUGCCACAUUUGUUCAUCCUUGUAACGCAGUGAAAUGUCAACAACUUUGUACAUACAUUUCUGCUUUCAGAGGCGGCGGAAAGUGGGGCAGUGCCUUUUUUAGGCAAAGUACCCCCCUCUGUGUGGCAGCAAAAGUUUUCAUCAUAGCCUAAGAAAAAGAAUAAGUUCUGCAACACCCUGGAAUCUAUUGUAUUAAUGAAUAUAUUACAAAUGCAUACAGUGUAUUAGUUUUUUAAACUGCACAUAUUAACCUUUACCGUAGUUUAUUCUACAAUAUUUUGUAACUGUUAUUUUACACAUUAUGCUGUAUAAUUGAUGAUCAUAGCAAUUGUAAUACUACAAAGUGAAUUCAUCAGAACCUAAAACUUCAUUCAUCUAAUAAAAAAAUAA